AUGACUAAAUCAGGUACGAUAAACGAUUUGCAACUACCAGAACAUGUGCGUCCCAGCUCUUAUACGCUUCAGCUCAAGGUAGAUGUCGAGAAGCAAAUAUACGACGGCUCUGUACUCAUUAAAAUCUUCAUUUAUGAGGAUUGCGAUUUCAUUGUUCUCAAUAGCAGCAACCUAGAAGUCCAGGGGGCCAGACUUGGCAAUAAACCAAUUAGUUGGUCUGUUGAUAGGGAGUUUUUAAGGUUCGAUUCGAAGUUCACAAAGAAUGAAUUGGUUGAGUUAUCUAUUGAGUUUGCUGGUAAGUUUAACGAUCACAUAGCUGGCUUAUAUCAGUCUUCCUACACAAUUGAGGAGGAAAACGAAGAGAAAACACGAUAUGUGGCAGCUACACAUUUUGAACCAAUCGAUUGCCGAACAGUCUUUCCGUGCUUUGAUCAACCUGACAUGCGAGCCGAGUUCGAGAUCAUUUUGAUAGUUAAAAGUGAAUUGACGGCUUUGUCAAAUAUGGAAGUAGAGAAGGAAAUCGCACUUGAAAAUGGCUUUAAACAAGUUGUCUUUAAACGCUCACCACCAAUGCCAACGUAUUUGGUGGGCUUGCUAAUCGGACAAUUUGAUUAUGUAGAAUCCAAACUUCUGAGAAUUCCAAUAAGAGUAUGGUCGGAUCCCGGAAAAAUUAACAAGGCAUUAUAUGCACUUGAACUUGCUGAAGCUGCCCUAGAAUUUUAUGAAAAGCAGUUCAAAAUCAACUAUCCACUACCAAAAUUGGACUUCGUAGCCAUUCCAGAUUUUCCCAAACUAGGCAUGGAAAACUUUGGCUUGAUUUUCUUUAAGGAAGAAACCAUUUUGGUAGACAGGGAUACUACCUCUACCAACAAUAAGUACGAGGUUGCUGCAACUAUUUUCCAUGAAGUUUCUCAUCAAUGGUUUGGAAAUCUUGUGACAUUGAAAUUCUGGGAUAGCCUUUGGCUCAAGGAAGGAUUCGCCGAUUGGAUGUCUUGGUAUGCUAUUGAUAGCCUUUAUCCCGAAUGGAAGCCGUUUCAAAAUUAUCUCGUCUAUGACUUGCAAAAUUCAUUAACAGCAGAUGCUCUCAGUACGACACAUUCAGUAGAGAUGCCAAUUGCGUCAUUGGAGGAUAUCAAACAAGGGUACGAUAGUAUUUCAUACGCCAAAGGCUGUUCAUUAAUAGUGAUGGUUGCAAAAUGGCUUGGAGUGGAUAUUUUUAUGGAAGGCGUUGUAAAAUAUUUGUCUACAUUCAGUUGGAAAGCUACCACCGCACUGGAUUUAUGGUCAUGUUUAUACGAUGUCAGCGGAAUAGAUGUUGGAUCUGCAAUGGAGGUUUGGAUAAAACAAGCUGGUUUUCCGAAGGUUACUGUUGAGGAAUUGGAUGAUAACAAGAUAAAGAUUUCCCAAAGGAGGUUCAUAUCUAAUCCGACUGUAACUGAAUAUGAUGACUAUUUAUUUCCAAUCUUUGUAAAUAUCAGGACUACAAAAGAACCAAGUUAUCAAAUUUUACUCAAAUCAAAGGAAGAGAUAUUUGAAUUAGAGCUUGAGGAUGACUUUUUCAAAGUUAAUAGUGACCAAGUUGGGUUUUAUCGAACUGCGUACAGUGAAGAGAGGUGGACCAAACUAGGUUUAGCUGGAGUUCAAGGAAAGCUAUCCGUCGAAGACAGAAUUGGUUUACUUGCCGAUUGUGCAAAAUUGGCGGAAUCCGGUUAUAUACUGACUAUUUGCUUUUUUGAGCUACUUAAGCAAUGGAGUUGCGAAAAAGACGCAUACGUUUGGGAUGAAGCAAUUAAUGACUUAUUUGAUAUUCAGGAUGUAUUCAUAUUUGACAAUGGGAAUAUAUUUGAAGGCAUCAAUCAAUUUAUGAGAAAUCUAAUUGGGAAUCAUAUUCAGGCUAGUCUUGAAAUCAGCCAAAAAGAUUCUUAUGAAUUGAAUAAUUUCAAGAAAACAAUCUUUUCUGCUGGCUAUAGUAAUGGCGAUCCACUUGUUAUCAAAUACUGUAGAGAAAAAUUUGCUUCAUUUACACACGACGGAAACACAGUUAAUGCUGACCAAAGAGGUGUCAUUUUCAAGUGUGUUGCUAAAUACGGAGGGCAAGAAGAGUAUGAAAGAUUGAUGGAGAUCUAUGAGGAAGCAGAUGAUGACGACAUUGCAGAUGAUGCGUUGGUUUCAUUAGGUCGAUUUCCAAAGCCUGACAUAUUGCAGAACUUCUUGCAAUUUGUUCUAGAUCUGCUAAAUGAGCAGGAUGUAUUGUUUGCAUUAUCUGCUUUGAAAAAUCAUUCUACAGGUAUCACAACUCUUUGGAGAUUUUUGCGGAAUGAUUGGGAAUCGAUUGCUGAAAAGCUCGGAUAUGGUUCAGAAACACAUAUCAAAGUCGUCAACGCAUGCUUGUUAAGAUUAGCUACAAGGGAUCAAAAAGACGAAAUUGAGAGUUUCUUUGCUGAUAAGGGCGAGGUUUUUGAGAAGACCGUUCGUCUGGCGUUAGAACGAAUUGACUUGAAAGUGCAGUGGGUCGAAAGAGAUGGUUCUAAGUUAAGGGAAUGGUUCAAAACCAACUUGCAUUAUUCCGAUGGUAUUGUGUCCAAAGUGGAAGGAUUGUCAAUAGACAAGUAG